GUGUGGACCAGCCACGCAUCUCUAUACCGGGCUAWAUGGACGUCUGCUUUUAUAUUCUUCUGUCUUUUAUAUCGUGUGUAUUUUAACAAGAAAGUCGCAUAAAUUGGAUAACGGUGCACGGAUAGAAGGCAAGAGCUCUACGGCAUUGAAMGUUUCCAGGUAGGGCUGGCUGGCAGCAGUGGGACUGGGACUUGUGUGUGAAGGCAGUCUGCUGGAGUAGUGAGAGAGAGUGCUGGACUGGAUGCCCCUCCUGUCUGCUCUGCAGUGGAUUAAUAUUAUCCAGGUAUGGGAGGGAGCUAGGGUGGCCUGUCGUGAGUUCACUGUGCUGCAACACCUGACUGACAGAACAGAGGGGACACUGGGUAGGAGGAUCCCACAUCUAUCUGUGGAACAGUGCCAACUCUGCAGAACCUCAGAAUCUCGGAAUCUAGGGACACACCCCAUCAACCCCAUCAAGGGCUCUAGGUCACCCUGUCUUGAAACGGUGCUACUCAGUGCUACCCUCCUCUGCCACCCCAGUCUGUCUCUGUCUCUCAUUCAUGCCCACCUCAGACCUCCUCAGGCCCUGGACACACCAGACGGGAGAGUUGAGACUGACUGAUAGACAGACAAACUGACUGAUAGACAGACAGAGGGGUGGAGCAUCAGAAGUGUACCUAACCGAGGACGACGGACACACCCACUGUCUGUUUUCUCCUCCUCAGUGAAUGGUGCAGUUUCUCACCAUGACUCGGAUGGGAUCACCCCAAUGCUGAAUCUUUACUAUUCUCUUCAACUCAAGGGCUACUAGACUUUUGGGUGAACAUUAAAGUACUAGUCCUCGCUAAAACAUUGGAUUUAAGUUUGCAAAGUAAAAACAGAGGACUUGAAUUAGUGACGCAGCAGACCUCAGUUGGAGCCUGAGGGACUAUCGAUGAGCCUGUGACUGUCGCCAUGACAGCCUCUGACAGCAGCUUCCAGUACCGCGCACUCUUCGAGUACAAACGGGAGCAUGGUGAUGACAUCAGCCUCCAGCCAGGGGACAUCCUGACGGUCCUGAAGGCCUCUCUGAAGGACUACCAGGAAGGGGAUGAACACCGCAGCCCCAAGGGAUGGCUGCACGGCACCAACGAGCGGACCAAAGAGAAGGGCAACUUCCCCGGGACGUUUGUGGAGUACACUGGGGUGUUGAGGCAGGGGCUGCCCGCCACCAAGCCCUGGCCCAGAGCCGUUCCCCCAACCCCUGGGGGAACACAGAGCAGCGUGGGGCCCGGACCCCAGCCUACAGGGGCCGCUGCAGCAGGAGGUAAGUGUUGGAACUGAGGAUGGGGGCAUGCCAAGAGUACUCCAUUCAGAAACAUGGAGACUGGCCAUCUGCUAAAUGUUGAGCUAUCUGUUAUGACCUGUUAACUGCAAUGUAAUGGUGCUUGGCUUUACGGUUUGG